AGCCGGGGCGGGCCAAACCUCUGCCCUUUUGCGUGGGGGUGACUUACAGCUCCUGCCCCUUUUUGCUUUGCUUUCUCCUGGCUCAUUCCUCGCACCACGUGCCCUCUUGGCCGCUCCCCCAGCUGCCCUUUCCAACAGCCUGUUGGAAGUUGCUGUAAAAUGUCGUGAGGGGCGCGGCCGCUUUACGGCUGCCUCUCCCAGGCUAGAGCCCGGGAGCGCCCACCGCCGUCAGCCCUGUCUGUAAGAGUCGGCCCGGCGGAGACGGAGAUACCCGGCGCCCAGCUCCCCUCUCCGCCGCGCCCGUGCCGGCCUCCGGCGAUGUGAACUCGAGGAGGCUGCGGUGCCCCCUGGCCCGGGGUUGAGACGGGCGGCAGGUGCCUGUGAGGCGGGCGGGUGCUGGGGGCCUGCAGGAUGGAGGAAAGCAUGGAAGAGGAGGAGUGGGGCAGCUACGUGGCGAUGAUGGACGACCAGAACCACAACAACUGGGAGGCCGCGGUGGACGGCUUCCGGCAGCCCCCGCCGCCGCCGCCGCCGCCGCCGCCCCCCUCGUCGAUUGCAGCCCCUGCGCGAGAGCCGCCGGGGGGUCAGCUGCUGGCGGUGCCCGCGGCCUCGGUGGACAGGAAAGGCCCUAAGGAGGGGCUCUCGAUGGGGCCGCCGCCACCGCCGGAGGCCAAUGGGGUGAUCAUGAUGUUGAAGAGCUGCGACACGGCCGCCGCCGUGGCCAAGGCGGCCCCCGCCCCCACCCCCAGCUCCACCAUCAACAUCAACACCUCCACCUCCAAGUUCUUAAUGAAUGUUAUAACUAUUGAAGAUUAUAAGAGCACAUACUGGCCAAAAUUGGAUGGUGCCAUAGAUCAGCUUUUAACCCAGAGUCCUGGUGACUAUAUCCCCAUAUCCUAUGAACAGAUAUACAGUUGUGUGUAUAAGUGUGUCUGCCAGCAGCACUCAGAACAGAUGUACAGUGAUCUGAUUAAAAAGAUAACUAAUCACCUAGAGCGAGUCUCAAAGGAGCUGCAGGCCAGCCCUCCAGAUCUCUAUAUUGAAAGAUUUAAUAUAGCCCUUGGACAGUAUAUGGGAGCAUUGCAGAGCAUUGUGCCUCUUUUCAUAUAUAUGAAUAAGUUUUACAUCGAAACCAAGCUUAACAGAGACCUAAAAGAUGACCUUAUAAAGCUGUUUACGGAACAUGUUGCAGAAAAGCACAUUUACAGCCUAAUGCCUUUACUUUUAGAAGCCCAGUCAACACCAUUUCAGGUCACACCUUCAACUAUGGCGAAUAUUGUGAAAGGCCUGUACACUCUCAGGCCAGAGUGGGUUCAGAUGGCUCCAACUCUGUUUUCUAAAUUUAUUCCAAACAUUCUCCCUCCGGCGGUGGAAUCUGAACUUUCUGAAUAUGCUGCUGAAGAUCAGAAACUUCAAAGAGAACUUAUACAGAAUGGUUUUACGAGAGGUGACCAGUCCCGGAAGAGAGCUGGGGAUGAGUUGGCUUAUAACAGCUCGUCAGCAUGUGCAAGUUCCAGAGGGUACAGAUAGUGAAUGUAUUGACUGUACUUUCCUUCCCGAAAAGAGGACACACUGGAGCUGCAGAGACUGUAUUCGGAGCACAGCGGGGGGCCUGCAGACACUCAGGAGCUCUGUCACAAAGUUGUUCUUGGAAGAGGAUGUUGGACUUCUUUCUUUGGUUUGUAAUUUUAAAAAAAACAAAAAAACUAACAAAAACAAAAAACAGUUGCUGCUAGACUUGGGGAUGAUUUUGAAAUGGGACAAUCUUUUAAUGAGUUUAUCUACAGAUUCUGUGAGGAACAAGCAUCUUGAAAAGCGACUAUUGCUAAGGGAAAUCCAGCAGCCAACAUCAGCAGCUUCCUCCAAAAAUACAAGAACAGAGAAUCUUUUUUUUUUUUAAGCACUUGUUUUGUUCAUUCAUGGACUUGGCACUUCAGCACAUUGGCUUUGCACAUCAGAAUCUCUUGCUUUAAAAUCAAGCAGAUCAUUACAGUACAGUGUUUUUUGCCCAUUACCAAAAGAAACAACCCCUUUAAAAAGAGUUGGUCUUUGUUUAGCAUUAGAAAGUCUCGUUAAAGGAAACCGCUAACUUGGCUUCUGCCAUAACUUUCCCCCUCACCAGUUCACAACUUUUUUCUACUCUGUGCCUUGAGCUUUGUGCACUUUGCAACUCUGUGACCAUGGUGUUCAACUCAUAAAUGCUUCGUGAAAAGGUUUAUGGUAUCACAGACUCCCCCACUAAGGUGUCAGGUGUGACUUUGUAGCAGGAUGCUUAAUUGGGAAAGUAGAAGCGUGUUGCUCACUGGUCGGAUCUCCCCCUGCCUCACUGUGGCAUAUUCAUGUUCAUGUUGGGGACCAACUCUGUAGAACAUAUCCAUUCCCUCUGUCACAUCACAUGAUUUCACCAGCUGCUGGAGGACUGGCAGGAUGCUAGUGUAGGAAUGCACUGCUCGUCAGCACUAAAGCUCCCUUUUUAGUAUCGUGGAGAAAUUUCCAGUGGUAACAGCUAGUUACUGUGAUGCUCUAGGAAGCAGAUACAGUUAUUCAAUCCAAAUAUAAUAAAUGGUGUGGGCUUCUGGAUCCAUUUCAUUUUAAAUGGGUGAGAUAGGUACUUUGAAAAACAAAGUUUGCCGUCUGCAUCUUUUUUAGCAUUAUAUUCAAGUAUACUAGAGAAGUAGCAUUGCUGUUUCAAGCUUCCUUCCAGCUGUGGCACAGCUAUAUAUUUUUUUUUCCCCUACACCCACAGUGCUGUUUAGGUUCUUACAAAAGACUCGAAAGCUUAUUCUAGUUGUUUCUGGAAGGCAAAGAAAAAUAGAUGUGACAGGUGAAAACAUUUUUCUUCUCAAUUUUGCUUGACUCUAAAUUGAGCCUAUUCUCGACUCUGUUUGGCUAUGUCGUACUACUGUUUACCUCUUCAGAGAACUUGGGGCAAAACAAGAUGUAUCAGGGAUAGUGUCACAAUUCUGAUUGUCAGGUUUCUCGUAGAGUUGCCUUUGUCAAUUCAGUCUGUCUUUUCUCGGGAGCAGGCUGGAUGGGAGAGUUUGGAGUGUGAUGAUAGAAGCAAGGAAGUCAUCUGAUAGAAGUCCUCUGGUGGCAAAAUUACUGAUCGGAGAAGUAAAUGUAGAGAUUGUCAGAUUUUUUAAGUACUUAUCAACGAGAGUUGGUGGAUUUUGCAGAGGACUUUGACCCAGACUCGUUUAACUCUGUGAGCAUGUUAGAUUGUAUUGGUAAACACUGAAUUACUGUAAGGAUAUACACAGGCUCUCACUGUGCCCUGUGCAGGUUGAUUUGGUACCCCAGCAACAUUGUGGUGUCAAGGAAGAACUCCACUCUAUCAUGAAGUCCAAAUUUUACUUUAUGCCAUGGCAUGCUUGCUGCGGGCUUAUAAAUAGAACACCUGCGACUGACGUCUCUCCUGAGUGGUUUUAAUAAUACUUCUGAAAGGAAUAAAAUUGGGGUGUUUCUUUAAAUGUGGAUGAAUUCUUCAUUAUCCUAAUAAUGUGCCCAAAUCCUUUUUCUGGGAGAGUAUUCUUCGGUCAACAAUGGAACUUUCUCUAUAAAAGCAUUGUAUUAUGAUGUGAAUUGGCAUUAAAAUCUUUGGAUGCUUUAGCAUUAUUAAGUUAAUGGAGAAAUAUUUUAUAUUGUCUUAUUAUUAUUAUGUUUAUGUUAACAAAAAGUGGGCAAAGUUUGCAAAAUUUAGUUUCUUUGAAUAUUUGCACAGCGGCUGCAGCUCACAGUGGGCCAGGGCUUGGUACUACAGAUCCAUGAAUGGGAAGACACUGUAGAAAGAAAAUACUCAUCUUCCUAGCGCAUGUGACCUGGUUGCUACUCGUUAUCUUGGCCCCUUGAGGCACAUUGCGGGAUGAAAACCCUAUUUCUUUAUGUAGAAAUUGACCUUGCUUAUUUAAUUGGGUUUCUUAGCAAAAUUCCGAGUUUGCAACAUGAGAGGAAAUAAGAUUUGCUCUCCAUUUUGUAUUGACUAAGCAUGGUCAGCCAGAAAGUAUUUUCCUCUCAUGUUUACUUGUAUUCUUCUUGCCAGUACUGUAUCUAGUUUUUCCAUCCCAGUUAAGUCCUGGCUUUUGUGGGGCCCAAAUCACUGAGGACAGAAAAUUGUACAUUGAUUGUCUCAUUAGGCUACACGUAGUUGAUUCGGCGAGCCUGACUGGUGUGUGUGUGCAGCCUGAAACCAGACUCUCCAGAAGAAAGCCAGCUUGGUCACCUUGGAAUAAUGACCUGUCAAAGUAAAUGACGAUGGUUUUGAGAGACGGUACUUACUUUCAGAGUUGGCCUUGUGCUUCAGUAACAGUGUCCUCUCCUGGUCUCUGUGGUCACAGCUGUACCCUUACCUGACAGGAGCUACUGCUUUGUUUUCCGUGGGGCGGAAAGCCAAACCUCAUAGAGUGUGACUCUUAAUCUAGUAGUUCUUAGGUAGAUUUAGAAGAAACUCAAACCUGGAUGCAUGAGUUGUGCGUUAUUAAAUUUUGUGGGAAAGUUACUUUUUUUUUUUUUUUUUCUGUCCCUUUUACAAGAUUGAGGCAGUUCCUCUCCCUUUCUUUGGGGUAUCGGAGGGAAACAGUGGUAAGUGAGCCAGCAGGAGGGUGGGCGCCCAGGGCGUUCCUACGGUGUGCGUCUCUGGUGCCGCAGCCUCAUAGAGCUGCCACUCCCCUGGCUACAGACGCCGUGCUUUCUGUCGGGUUGCAAAUUUGCACACAAGAAGAAUUCCUCAGGAAGAGUUUGCACAUGCAUCGCCUUGCAAUAUUCUGUAAUGACCGAACAAGGGACUUGAAUGUUUUUCAACACAAAAGGAGAACUUUAGAGUGGUGGUCUGUGCACACGUACUGGCAAAGGUCAUGGUGAUCUAGCAAACACGAUUGGUUUCUGCAGCAUAAAGUGAGCAGGAGCACUUGUAUCAUAGUAUUUAAAUAAGCCUGUUUAAUCUCCAGAGUAACCCUUCCAGAUUUUGUCUUCUUUUCUUACUGAGACUGGCUAUAUUUUCCUCUGUGUUUUUUCUGUUUUAUGGCAGUUAAUUAUUUCCAUGAUUAUUAUAGAAGCAUUGCCCUUGAGCUGAAAUUCAGUUGUUUAAUAAGCAGCUAUUAUUGAAAAUAACUGAACAUUGUUUUAUGAAUAUACACUAAUCUGAGAUAAUAAAGUAUUUUAAAACUAAGAAGCAAAACAAAAAACGUACGUUAGGUAUCCAGUCAGUUUGGAUGUUUUGAGCUGAUUUUCUUUACGGCGUCUCAUUGUGCUUCACAGUAUUAUGUUUACUUUACUCCAGGUCUAGGCCUCUUAAGGGGACUUUAAAAUGUAAGAUCAGAAUGUGAAUCCCUUGACUGACACCUAGAAUAGGUUAAUAGGACCUUUUCAAUUGUGGUUGCAGUUUCCAGUAAGAUUGCGUAAGAUAAAGUUCAUGUUUAUCAGAAGUUAAAAUAGGAGUUCUUGGAGAAAUGGCUUUCUUGUUACUUUCAUUACGCUAUGGAAAUUUGCCCCAGUUUCUGGCCACCAGAAUUGAUGAAAGGACCCCUGAUUUUUUCAAGGGUAACGAUCUGUUUUAUCCCCUUAGUUUUGAUGAACUAAGUCACUGACGCUUUCCCUCCUCCCCUGACCAAGACCCUAUUUUGAACUUCUUUCCAGAGCUGAAUGGCACAAGUACAUAUACUAUUUCUGCUGAUGUUGAUGGUGUGGGUGUGGGAGAAUUAGAGAAAAUCCUCCUCAGAGGUAUGUUCUAACAGGACCUCAGUACAUGUUGUACUCCCUCUGGUCGAAAAUUAUCUUCAUUUCUGGUUGGACUGUGUUGCUUAGAAAAAUGUUAAUGGUUUAAAAUUCUAGGAAACUUAUAGUGUGGCUCUGGGGUAAAUUUUGUGGUUUAGAAAAAAAUAAAUAUUUUGUAUUGAUUCUAACAUGUCAUUUCAAUGUGGCGACGAUGUACUAAAUGCAGUAAGACUGUGGAUGUUCCCUCAGAAGGGUAUGUUUUGUUAAACAGAUGGCAAUUUAAUUGCUCUCAUUAGCUCUGUUUGUCAAUAUUAUGACCAUGCAAUGCAGGAGAAAUUGCUCAGAUGUGAAGUUGUGGGAGCUAUGGCUGGAAACAGGAAUGCUUAUGAGUAAAUGGGAGGUCGAAUGCAGACAAGAGGCUCUUGCCACCCACCAGCACAGCCAGAGCAAGGAUGAAGCAAUGAAGUCUAGUCCCUGGUGGUGCUUAUUUGUUGGAAAGCAUGGUGGAGCUUAGAACAGGGUGUUAUGUACACCAGCUCUUCCCAAUCCAAGAAAAAAUGGUGGAUGAAACUCUUCUUGAUGGGGGAUUAAAGCCACUGACUUUGGCUCUGACCUUUAACUCUUGAUGGAUUUGGAUUCACUCCUUCUGUAUUAGGGUGUAUACCAUCACUCAAAAACAUUGUGGUUAAUGAAAAUAAAUCUUGUACAGAUGUCCUUGGCUUGUUAUGUUGAUACUUGGUUCACUGUAACUUUGUUAAAAUACAGAACAUACGAUUUCCCUUACAGUAUAUUCAUAAUGCCUCCUAAAUAAUAACCACACUUAGCACAUUGUUCUGUCAGCUGGUUAAUCAGCUGGCAGGGUGAGUGUCCAUCUUGACCUUUGUACCAGUGAUUGGAAAAAAAGGGCGUGAGUAGUUAAUUAUAUACAUUGAGUUACCUAGGCUGCAUAUGUAUGCAGUAUCUAUACAUAUGUACAUAUAUAUGUCAUUUUUCUUCUUUAAAUACUGGCACAUUAUGGACCUUUAUCAGAAGUUUCUGACUUGUGGUUUUUUGCAUUGAUGAUACCAUGCUUUUAAAAAAUAACCCUUUUUUCUUGCUAUGAAAUUAAUAUUAUUUCCUAGGUUUUAUGAAAUCUCACUUUGCAAUUUUAGUUCCUUUUCGCUUCGCUUCGCUUUCUCUUUUCAAGUGUCCUUCCUACAGUGUUCUCGGAAUGCCAGUUGUCAUCCUCCUCUUUUUUUAAAACCCAAGCUGUGUUGUACUGGUACCUUCUUUUUGAUUACUGCACACAGCAGGAUUCCGUGACUGUCUUUUCUCUUUCUCUGCAUUGAAAUCACCUGACAGUUUCCUCCUUCAGCUUUUUCUUUGUUUCAGCCACGUAGGGAGUUAUUUAAAUCCUCUCCCUUCCCUUAGCAGAUUUUCUUUUUUAACUGAACAUUGAACUUUUCUACUAGAGUCAGUUCUUUGAGUAUGUUAAUAUGUGUUUAAUUUAUUUUCUCUGUUGGCUUAUGUCUUCAUAAUCUGAAAUUCUAAAACAUUUUGAAUUUCAAAGAACAUGGUUUCGUAGAGGAAUAUCUUACAGAUAAUCUGAGAGCAAAAGUCUGUCUUAGCUUUACUGAGUUGUGUGUUCUUGCUUGGGUAAGGUUAUUUUUCUCAACCUUAGUCUCCCCAUAUUAAGCCCUCUUUCUGCCCUAGAUUACUCAUGAUAGAGCAUCUUCCUCGGGCAAUGGGUUUCAUUGGCAAGAGGAAUAGAACAAUUCUAAAUUUCUUAAUUAUGCACCUUAAGUGACUAAUAAUAUACUUCAAAACAUAUAUUUAAAAAAACGGCCACAACUAUAAAGAGAAAUAAGGUAAUCUACCAAUAUAAUGGGCAUCUUAAACAUACGUCCCUGAUUAAUUAAUAGAUCGUGAAGACAAAAUCAUGACUAUGAAGGGCAUGAAGAUUUAAAUAGCAUAAUUAAUAAAUGAGACCUGAUGGAGAUACAGAAAAUCUCCCUGCACUUCCCAAUGAGAAAAUAAGCGUUUUUUGCAAACCAAAUCUAACAUUGCAUUUAAAGUACAAGGAAUGAUGACCAAAUUGGAUUUAUCCCAGGAUGUAAAUUGGUUAAUAUUAGAAAAUCAGUCAGUGUGACUCAUCUGUUAAUGGACUAAAGUAUGAUCAGAUUGUGAAAAUCCAAAGAGUCUACAAGGCAAAUUAAAAGACUUAAGAGCUUAUCAAGGUUGCUGGAACAAAAUCAAUAUGCAGAUGUCAGUUACAUCUCUAUGCAUCCAGCUACAAGCUCUCAUGUCUCCACAAUUUAUUUUUUUUAAAGAUUUUAUUUAUUUAUUUGACAGAGAGAGAUCAAAAGUAGGCAGAGAGGCAGGCAGAGAGAGAGGAAGGGAAGCAGGCCCCCUGCUGAGCAGAGAGCCCAAUGUGGGGCUCGAUCCCAGGACCCUGAGAUCAUGAUCUGAGUCGAAGGCAGCGGCUUAACCCACUGAACCACCCAGGCGCCCAUCCACAAUUUAAAUAUAAUUAAAAAUUUAUAGUAGGAACAAAACAAUAUAGAGUAUGUAAGAAUAAAUCUUAAGAGCUGUGUAAGCCUAUUAAUGACAAAUGGUGAUUAAAAAAAAAAAAAACAAUACUUCUAUUGAUCUAAAGGACUAUGAUGGAGAAGAUUAUCUUGGUCUCAACUCUUUGUCCAAAUUGGCUAAUAGAUUACUGCAAUUCCAACAAAAAGUCCCAAUGGUUUUCACUGUGAUACUUGACAAGCUGAUCCCAAAAUGUAAAUGGAAGAGCAAAGGGUUAAGGAUAUUCAAAACAUUAUUAAAAAAGAAUGAAGAGUGAGGGGAACUAGCACAACCAGAUUUUAAAGCUUACUCUAAAAUGAAAAAAACAGAAACCAUUACUCAGACAUCUAAAGAAGCAACAACAAAAACUUUAAAAUGUAGUGAUUAAAACAAUGUGAAUUGGGAUAGAGAUUAUGAGUAGAUGAAUAGACAGGGACAGAUUGCUCAGAAACUGAUCCAAAUUAAUACGAGAACUUAAUUUUUAAAAGGGCAGUCAUGGCAGACCCCAGGGAGAAGGAUGGAUUAUUUAAUAAACGGGGCCUUGGUAAUUUUUCACAAAGGGAAAAUGUGAACUGGACCUUGCCUUGCAUCAGGCACAAAAAGCAAUCCCGGGUGGAUUAAAGGUUCACACAGUAAAAUUAAAACUAUAGAACUUUUAGAAGACAGUAUAGAAGAAUAUUUUUAUGACUUUGGGGAAGGGAAGGAUUUUAUAAACAAAGGAGGUUGUGCAAACCACUGAAAAAUGAAUAAUUUGGCUACAUUGACAGUACUUCUGUUGACUGAACAUUUCAGAGUGAAAAAAUGAGCCCAAAGUGGAAUAUGAUACAGAUGUUCACAGUAUACCUAACUUGUUAACGAGCUAUCUGCAUAUAAACCAGUAACAAAAAGAGAAAUGGCAAAGAUGCAGACAUUCAUAGAAGAAGAAACAGAAAUGACCAAGCCUGAAAACAUGUCUAACUUGAUUAGUCAUCAGGAAAUUAUUCCAUAAGUAUCAUUUUCUGGCCAUCAAAUUGUCAGCCACCCAAAAAAAAAAAAAAAAAAAACCCAAAAACAGAAAAUACCAACAAUUAGAGAGAUGACAGCAGGGUCUUUUUCAUCUGCUGCUGUUGGCGUGUAAGAUAGUGCUACCACUUUGGAAAACAGUAUUAACUAGUUAAGUUGACCACAGAUAUAUCGUACAGGCAAGGAUUUACGUUCAGAGAAACUCCUGUGUAGGUGUAUACACCCAGGAAACCCACAGGAAUAGUGCGGUGGUAGUGUUUGUAAUAAGAAGAGAGCCCAAUGCCCAUCCACAGUAUAAUUAGUAAGUGAGUCUCUGUGUGGAAUUCUGGAGAGCAGUGAGUGUAGUGUAGAGCUUUGCACAUCGUGAGUGAAUCUCAGAAGUGACGUUGGCUUAAGUCAGAAUGAUUCAUGAGUAGUAAAGCUAAAGAAAAGGAAGAUUAAAAAAAUCUUUGUUAAUUUUGACAAAAUUAACAAGGUCGUGGUUUCCUUAGGGAUGGGCUGGAAGGAAAGCAGAGCAGCAUGGGCUUGUAAGCACUUGAUAAUAGGAACUUUUUGACCGUUGUAAAUACGUCAGUUCUUGAGUUAAUAUGUAUAUUCGAUGCAAAAUCAAAUGCCAAAGAGUAUUUAUUUUUAAUACAAGUUAAAAAUUCAUAUGGAAGUAGAACAUGAAAAUAGGAGGAUCUUCAUUGAAAGGGGAGGGAACUUGCUGUACCAAAAAAAAUUUUUUUUUCUUUUAAGUGCAAUUAAAUUUUUACACUCAUACAAAAAUAGACCACUCAAUUGAAAAUAGUAUUAAAACUAAACUCAGAUGCUUCUAAGAAUUUAGAAUGCAUUAAAGGUGGCUUUUUGAAAUAAUUCUGACCAUGACGGAUUACUCAAUAAAGGUGCUGGUUUCAGUAGAGAAAUUUAUUCCCAUCAGACCAUUCACCAAGAGAAAUUCCAGUUGGACUAAAAGUUUAAGAAUAAGUUACAAAAAUGAGAAGACAAUAUAGUUCAUAUCCGGGGAGAUUGGAGAAGUUUAUUCUAAGGAUGUAAGCAGUGGCAGGAAACAGCGCUGUCCAAACCUGAGUGUGUGUAGAGCACCACCCCGGCAUGUGCAUAUAGACGUGUAUUUUUAAGUUAAUGUUUAUGUACUAUACUGAUACACAUAAGGCAAAAAAAAAAAAAAAGUGAAAAUGUUUAAAGUAUCUUUUGUGUGUAUUGUAAAAAAAAAAUACCUUUGCUCUUUCUAAAACUUUUUUUCUUUUAGUGAGAGCUGUACAAUUAAAAGUGCUUAUUAUUUUUGAAACCUCUAGUUUUAACAUUUUGUGAUAAAAAUUACUUAAUUUCUGAUUCUAAGGUAAGUUUAUUCUAAUGCUGGGUUUUAACGGCUAUUGUAGCUUAAAAAGCCACUUCAUUACCAUCUGUGGAUCCAAAUAACUGUGCUUAACCAAGAAACAAUGCUCAUUUUCCACUUCAUCUACUAGUCUUCAGAAGUGUUUGUUGAAAUCUUUAUAAUAAAUUUCCAUCUUUCUCACCAUCA